AGGGAAAAAAAUUCGCAGGACAGAGAUAACACCGCUUGAAAAAAUUGUUACAAAUUGCCAUCCGCCGAGCCUUCUUUCUACUUCUUGGUUCUUUAUCGCACGCCUUUUUCCUAUGGCUGAUCCAUCCCCAACACUGUCUUCGGCAGAAUUAGGCCAAAACCAAGUGCAUGGCGUAGACAACCACACCUAUGGUGAUGAGAAAGCCACUCCAAGCCCAUAUGAAGGCGAGGUCGUUAGCAAUUCUGACCACUUUGCUGAAAAGGAGCCUGAUCAGGUUCUAACCUCCCGCAAUUCCAUGCUUGGCAAGCUGUACCAACGGUUCUUCAGCAUGGGUGUCGAAGCAAGAGGUGUCGAGCGUGUUCUGGAAGACGAUCGAGAUCCUAAGAACGCCAUCAAUAACCUUCUCAUGUGGUUUUCCGUCAAUACCGGUAUGGCAUUGUCUUAAAGAAUGGGGAUGCCUUGCCUUCAAAACUUUGUAUUGAUGCUUUUGCACGCUUGAUUUUUUCAGUCCUCACUACCAUUCCUAUUGGUGCCCUUGGCCAGGCUGUCUUUUCCUUGACCCUUCCACAUACUAUUGCCACGAUCUU